AUGGUUUAUACCUGUAACUCGUGUAACUUGGCGUUCGAAGAUGCCACAAACCAAAGGGAUCAUAUGAAAGGCGACUGGCACAGAUAUAACUUAAAGAGGAGAGUAGCUCAAUUACCUCCUGUUGAUGAAGAGUCCUUCAAUCUUAAAGUCUCAGCAACAAGUCAAGAAUCAAAUGACUCAGAAAAGUCUAACAAGAAAGCAGAAAGGAGAAGAAAGAAGGAAGAGAUUUUGGAACAGAAGCGUAAGAUUCUUGAAACAGCUAGAAGAGCAAUGCAGCAAAAACAAGAUGCACAGUUAAUGAGUGGAAUGGAAGAGCUUGGGUUGGAGGUGUCAGAUCCAAUUUUUAUUCAAGAGCAACCAAAGGAUACCUUGUCAUCUGAGGAACUCGAAGAACAGUUAUAUAAGGAAAAAGAGAAGAAUCGUGUUGAUAUACCGCCAAGUACUUGUUUAUUCUGUCAUCCAAAGGAAAGGGCAGAUUUUGCAACUGUUGACGAAAGCAUCGAACAUAUGUUCCAAAAGCAUGGAUUAUAUGUUCCAGAAAUAAAAUACUUAGUGGACAAAGAAGGAUUAAUCAGAUAUCUUGGAGAGAAGAUAGGGUUUGGUAACAUUUGUUUGUGCUGUAAUUAUCAAGGAAGAAAUGUAGAGGCGGUGAGGGAGCACAUGAAGGUUAAGAGACAUAUGAGAAUACCAUACGAAUCUGAAGAUGAGAAGCUUGAGAUAUCUGAGUUUUACGACUUUUCUUCUACAUACAAUGACUUUUUUAAAGCUGAGGAUUUGAUAGGUGAAAAUGAUGGUGAUGAUUGGGAAGACAUUUCAGGAGAGGAAGGGGAGUACAAUUCUGACGAAGACUUACCCGAGAAAGAUGCAGGUGCUAUAGUCCAAAACGGGUUUGAGUUGAUUUUACCUACUGGUAAGGUAUUGGGACAUAGAAGCUUGCAGAGGUACUUCAAACAAAACUUGCCACCCGAAAGAGAGUUGAGUGAAGGCCAAGGGACAAUAGUAGCAGCUGAAGACAGACAUAUGUUGAAUGUUAGAGAUAAGAAAGAAUUUGGUACUCAGAAGUUGGCUUGGAGACUGGAACAGUAUAAUGCUAAAUUUUAUGAAAAGAAGGCCGCCAAGAACGCCAAUAAUCAAAUGCAUUAUAGAGACCAGUUGUUGCAAUAG